AUGUUCAGCUACAGCUGUUCCCGAUCGGCGACGCGUGUGACAUCAGAUCCCGACAAGAAGGCGCAUCCACAUGUGCACAAGUCCUCUCGACACCACCACGACCGUCAUCAUGGCCAUCACCGACACAGCUCCAGCAGACGCCAUGCUGCAAAGGAAGCCAUGCAGUCGGCCAUUCAGAUACAACCGCCUACCAGCUUUGGAGACUUGCUCAGGCAGGCGCGAGGGAGCAGAGACACCAGCCCUAGCCACAGUCGCAGAGAGAGCGUUGCGCCAGGACAGGCCGAUGGCAGCGUCAACGGAAAGGAGGAAAGCACCCCAGGCAUCACCAUUCCGCCGCGGAGGCCACUCCGGCAGGCGGAUGUGGAGCUAGAGGCAAAGAGGGUCGAGGCUAGAGAACGAGACCUCCGUGCUGUCCUCCAGUCCCUCUCCGACCAGUCCCUCAAGACGUCGCGCCGUCUAGACGAUACAUACUACUCCAUCCUCGAGAAGGUUUCCGUACUGCGCCAGACCAUUGGAACGCUGCAAGAGCUAUCGGGCUUGACCAAAGAGCUCCAUGACAACUUCGAGUCGGACACCACAGAGCUGGUAGAGGAUGUGACUGGUCAGGUAGAAGCCUUCGACGGCUUCAAGGCACAGCAAGAGCAGGUCAGCGGCUUGGAAGAGCGCAUCAGAGCGGGCAAAGAGAAAGCAGAUGCUUUGACAGCGAGACUUGAACGAGCGAAAGAGCGUGUCGACGCGAGGGCCAAGUCAGAAGCGCAGUGGCAGGCCAAGAAUACCCAUCGCGUGCGCAUCUUCUGGGCCAUAGUCGCCUUUGUAGUCACGCUUAUACUAGCUCUCGUUCUCUUCCGCCCGGCUCAACCGACCCAUCAUGUACCUGAACCGCAGAGCACUCUCGACCCCGCGACCAGAGAAGCCAUUUUGAACGCAGAUAUCCCAAACAUAGCAAAAGAGGCAAUCAUAGGGCCGUUAACCAGCACCCCCAAUCACGUCGUCGAGACCAUUGAUCCGCACCUUGUACUCGAGGACGAUGAGCGAUUGCGCGGAUUCGACGAGCUGUAA